GGACUACCUGUUGCGUCACCUUGUAACAGAAGCCGUAAACGAGAGGCUUGUAUAGAAAUAUUGAUUUUCUUAACUGAGCAUGCUCGCCGGCAGUGCACGUCAACAGUGAUAAGCGGACGCGCCACCCACACAAAAUAUGAAAUACGCAAAUAAAGAAUUUGUUCUAGUCAAAUAUCAAAUUUCAUGGUUUUAGUGUAUAUUUCUUAACCUUUACUUCAUUUGUUAAAGUCGAAGUGUUGUUUCGCGUUAUUUCUAUGGGCGGACAUGGAGGAGCUUUUACAAGACAUCUUCAAAGAGGCCACAGGACCCAAAUUAACGUCGUUGAGAAAGGCUUGCCAGGAUGCUUUGGAAAUCCUCUGCCUGCAAGAAAGCAGCGCUCGGCGUGCCUCGUUUGAGCUGCGUCGCGCGUGCCUGUUGCCGCUACAGAUCGCACUUGAAAGCAAACGACCUAGACUUGUCAGUUUCGCGCUUCAAGGCUUCCACAAAAUACUUCGAGAUGAUAAAUUCCAUCGAGGCAUAGAGCCAGAAGAUGACUCGCUAUGGAUGCCGUCGCAGCUUCUAUGCGCCACGGCUUCAGUUAUGUACCAUUUGCCUGAUACACAGGUCCAAAUAUUCCGUAUGUACCUCUCCCUGGCGCUGUCUCCCCGUCGCACGCUGAACGGACGCCUGUGCGUGUGGACGUGCGGGCGCUGCAGUGAGGCCGCGGGCGCCGCGCCACACGUCGCCGCCGCCGCCAGGGCUGCGGCUGCGCAGGCCUUACGGGCCUAUUGUGCUCAGCUGGAUGAAGAAUGUCAAGAACUUUUAUCAGAGGGCUCACCCCUCAGCCGAAAUCGCACGAUGGCCAUGGGGUGCUACAGUGAAGUCAUACCUGUCAUUCAAUAUUUAUGCGGUCGAUUAACAGAAACACAACUAAUCCCCAAACAAAAUCCCCUGGCACUAUUCUUCUUGGACUGCCUACUGACUCUGAUGUCUAGCCUCUCAGAGCGCGUCAGCGGCAACUCGCACUUUACCACUUUCCUCUGGCAGAAAUUUUGCCCAUCACUCAUAUCCUUCCUUGGAACUCCAAGAGUUGACAAGAAUAUUAAAUCCAGAGAACAUGACGGCCACUUGGUAGACGAUUCUGGCAGAGGAUCUGGAGCUCUUGUAUGCGCUCCAAGCUUUAACAGUAAACAAGCUAAAGCUAUCUACAGCAUAGCGAACCAGCUAGUAAGAUUAGUCGGUUCCACUUCUACUCUUCGACCAGUAUUAGAAGCUCUUUACCACAGGAUGUUGCUCUACCCGCCUGUAUCCCAUCGUGUAGAGCCACUACGGAGUACGAGAGAGCUAUUGCAGAAUCCAAAGAGAUUAUGCCAAUUAGUACUACAGAAGAAAACGGAGGACAGACAUAGUGAUGAUAUGGCUAUUAUAAGACUACUAAUGGACGGCAUAGAAGAAUGUGGACGCAGUGGGAACUUGGAGGUAGUAGCAGCAGCCGUAGAAUGUGUUGUCGGGCUUCUUGAUGCCUUAGAGAAACUCUGUUCGGGGACAAUAGAAUAUCUCACCCCGGAGCAAGCAACGCUCAUUUUGGAACAUUGGCCUAAGUUACACGACGCUGAUUAUUCAGGGCCAUUGACGUACCAAACUUUAGCUAGAUUACCAAGUCCUUACAGAGAUGUUGUUGCUGUCUUACAAAGUAAUGAAGAAAAAGGACAUGAUUCUUCUGACACAUCAGGUCCAGAAAACGUCUCCUCAGGCAGUGAUGGUGAGGCUGAUUCAGAUGCAGACAACGUGUUCCUUCCUUCACGUGCCAAUAACCCCGCAUCUCCUAAUAAAACAGGAACUGCUUUUAUUGAGAAAACUAAAGCUAUUCCUAAGACCUUGAACCUUGGGAGAUGCACUGUAACAGAAUGUAACGUGGAUUUGGAGAGACACAAUGCCCGACAAUUUGUGAAGACGUUGCAAGUAUCUUUAUUGCCCAAACUGCUGAACCUAAGGACUUGCAUUGAGGUUGACGAAGCGAUGCAAGAAUUCGCUUCAAAAUGUUGCCAACAUAACGCAGCGCAACCUCCCGCUACUUCUUGCAUUAUGAACGCUGAUGGAGUCUACUUGGCUACUUAUGCGGCUCUAUUAUUGACACUAAAGCAACGCCGAAUUAACUACUACAAUAACCCUGAGAAAGUCCAAGUGCCUUUAACUGAAGAUGAGUUCGUUGAAGAAGUCCAAGGCAGUGGAGUGCUAGUGUACUUGUCGGCAACAUGGCUUCGGGAACUGUACCAACAAGUGUUAGCACAUGACUUACUGAAAGACGUGCCCAAUACUGAUCAUCCACUUAUGCAUUUACUAUCAGAUCUCGGUGGCCUAGAUCAGAACCCUGUAAUGUCAGACUGGCAGAAACUGAAGGAAGUCUCCAUGAUCUAUAACGUCACUAACGACUCGCCUUUACACGAAGCCAGUUUGCGUUGGGCACGACGAAUUUUGACAUGUAUCUGGGAGUCGAUGGUAACAAUUUUGAGUGUACCACUAUCGGGUUACAAGAACCGAAAGCAAAAGUUACACGGUAUCAUAUCAAAGAAGAUCAACACGUUUGGAAAGAAGAAACGAAUUGCUUGGGAGGGAUUGACCAUACAAUGCCUUGAAGGAUUACACAAGGCGGCUAGAGUGAGCAACACUUUGAGCUUGCAAAAUCGCUGCAGCAAUAUAUUAGCUCUCCUGGCAAAUUCUGCUAUUUCACAGCCACCAAACGGCAAGAUUCUUGCGACACAUGCUUUGUCAUUGGAUAUUUUGAUCACUGGUGGCUUAGAACUAGGCUCAAAGGCACCCGAAUGCUGGGAGCACAUCUUUGCAGCAUGCCAAUACGUAUCCAGCUUUGAACACUCCCUAUUUGGACAACAAGGAAAUAAUGCGACUCCAAUAGUCGCCAUGCAAACUGGCAGAAAUAAAACUGUGUCUAUAUUACAAGCAGAUGCCAAGUUAGGUCUCGAUGGACGAGACGAUGAAAUGUGCGUGGAUGUCUUCAACUUCUUGCAACCAGUGCUGGAAAAUAAUCUUAACAAUGACAUGUCAGUGGCAAAAAUUGUCGAAACUUGUCGUCAAGAAGCAUUGUUCCAGAAAGGCAAUGUAAUAACGGGAUCUGGCGCAGCUCGAGUUUGCUGCGCGUUGUCCGCCGCUUCUGAUACUCUAUUCACUCGUCUUGCAGCUACUACAACGCUGCCCACCUUACGGGCUGCUCUGCAAAGAUUGGCAGCCCAUCAGCAUAAGCUGUUGUUCUCUUCGUGGGAUCAAGACGUAGCCAACAACAACGCGUGGUGGCGCCGCGGCGGACGCGCUGCCGCGACUGCCGGAGGCGCCGGCGGCGAGGCUGCGCGGGCGCUGAGCCGUGCUGGGGACGUGGCUUUGCGUUGCUUGCGCGCUGCAAGACCCCUCGCUCAUAGAAUGGCCAUUUGGACUGUCGUUGGCCCACACUUCAUGCAGGCUGCAUGCCAUAAAGACAUUCAAAUCUCAAGCCUGGCGAUCCAAUGUUUACAUGACUGUGCCACGGCUCUAUUAAAUCAACAAGUGGAACUACCACAUUUCCAUUUCAAUGAGGCGCUGCUGAAGCCAUUCGAAAAUCUUUUGUGCCUGGAACUGUGUGACGACGAUAUACAGGAGCAAAUAAUAUCGUGUAUUUGUGAAUUCGUCGAAACAAAUCGAAUGGAAAUAAGGUCUGGAUGGCGUCCACUGUUCAACACACUCCGGGCUGCCAAUAACUCCAAUCAAUAUUCAGCCAUUUUGGAAAUAUUUAAAGUAUUUCUCAACACUGACAACACUUUGGUAUUCGCCAAUGCAGCUCUUGAUUGUAUUCUUUGCCUGCUAAGCCACAUAAAGGGCCUUCAUUACGACGAAGUACAAGCCGCAGAAGUUAAACCAAAGAAAGUAACUACUCCCACUCAGCCGAAGCCAAGCUUAAGUCUCAAAUUUUCCAAGAACAGCAAGUUUAUUCCUCUUAGUGAAGAAAAAUCUGAAAAAGUAAUAAUAGACAUGUGCAAAGAAGCAUUGUUUCAUUUAGAGAGCUGUGCUAAUAUUUUAAACAUGAUGUACAACAUGCCUAAAUGUCCGAUAUUUAAUACUGGUAAUAGAAUCAAAGGAGACAUGCCAUUGUCUGUCGUAGAUCCAAUUAUACCGAGCGCUUCAUUGGAUAUAACAAAAUAUAUUAAUAACGAACAUUAUGAAGAAGAACUUAUUUCCUACAGAAAAUUAUCGACAAGUCUUCCACUUUCAAACACCACCAACAACUGCUUGCUAAAAUUGGAUAAACCGAGUAACAUACUCAAAGUAUGGUAUGUUCUGAUCGAAGGUCUAAUAUCGGCUACAGUCGUGUGCUCAAAGAAAAACCAGCCUGCAGCAAUGGAGACUCUAUUCAAGUUAUUAAGAAAUACUGUUGAAGUUCCUGGAACACAUUUCGGUCUUCAUUGUAUUAAUCAUCUUUUAUUACCGACGGUACAGAAUUGGUUACGACAAAUAUCCAAUGUGAACACGCAUUGGGACAGCGUUAUGCCAAACUUUAAACAGUGUUGUGGCAUGACAACUGAUACUAUUGUAUUUUAUCUUCAUCACUUGCAACAAGUAAAUAUAGAAAGGGUUAACCCCAGUGAAAGCGAUGAAGAAUUUGAACCCAUCGAAAGUUUUGAAGCAAGUUUUGCUGUAAAGCAGAUAAUGCUGAUAUUAGUGGAAUGUAUUGCACAACCUCAAGAGCCGAUAGCCAGACUGGGAGCAUCUUGUAUAAGGCACAUAAUAUUAACUUCGGGCCAUUUGCUGACUGAUAAUCAAUGGGAAAUUGUUUGCAUGAGUCUACACAGAGCUUGCAAUGUUAGUCUAAGUCCGUUGAAGCAAAUCACGUAUGCCUUUACGGAAAACUCAAAUAGUUUCUAUGGAGACCUAGCAAUGGUAAAAGUAGCUGCAAGAAGAGAUUGUUCAGUAAAUGACAACGUACGUCUUCAUGCUAUGGCACAACAAGUAUUCUUAAAUGAACAACUGAAAAGCGACGGCCACGCCAAGUUAACGCCAAAGAAUUCGUCACAAAAUCUUAUGUUGAUUGACGACCGGAGUUAUAUUUUCCUUGUGUAUCUUCAUGAUUAUAUUAACUCGUUGAAUCCUGAACUCUACACUGUGCGAAUUCCUCAUAGAGGCUUGGUGGUAGGACUCUUGGCACAUCAAAUCCUAAUCCAAAUUAUAGCCACAGUUCUUAUACAAGCAUCUUCAGACGUAUUUCAAGGUAUUAACGGUAUUCUCAUGGAUAGUUUAAAGUCUGGGUCCAACGUUUGCAAUUACAAAUUCAUCUUAAACAAUGAAAAUAUCGAUUUACUAUUGAAAAGCUUGGAAUUAUCCUACACUCGAGCGAUGCAAUUCGAUUCCAGGCCAGGCCUGAAAUUCUUAGUUCAGAAAGUUUCUAACUUGGACUAUGCGGCUAAUCUUUACAAACAAACAACAUCGUCUUGGCUCAUUAAAAUCAUAGCCAUGACGGAGAUAUUUUUCAGCGGCAUGCAUAGGUUUAAAUUAAAACCUGCCGACAUAUCAAUAAUUUUACACAACUAUACGACGACGCUGAGUUUGACGCUUGAAUAUGAUCGAUUCGUGAGAAAGAUAUUUGAUCUGAAAGCUACUUGGGACCUAUUAUGCAACAGUUAUGUAAAACAUUUGAUAGACGUUUCAGACUUCGAUGAGCCUAAUGAAAUUAAAGAACGCGUCUCAGUCAGUUCUGUGGAUACAGACUCUUCUUCGAAUCAUUAUGAAGAGUAUUACGCUCAAGGAACAAAUGAAGUUGUCUCUGCUCCUAUCAAUAAAGAACAAUUAAAUGAGGUGGUUGAUGAAUUGGCGAAACCAAAACCAUUUACUUUCGCUGACUUUAAAGCGAAUAGUCAAGUUUCAAUAAGCGUAAACCAUGGCGAGACUCGAGGAGCUUCAAAUGACCAUAUUGCAGAAAACAUUGGUGCUUCAGAGACUGACAUUUCUAGCAUGCCAGAUGGCACAGUUGUCGAUAAACAUGAAUACGCGCUUCCAUUGUGUGAAGAAACAAAAGGUACAGAAAAAGGUAGUCCUGUAAAAGAAAAGAAGGUUAGCGUAUCAGAUGCCCUUGACAGUCAUAUGAAUUCUCAAAAAGUAAAUAUUACAAUAUGUGACGGACCAACCUAUGAAAAGAAUAAAAAUAUUGAACCACUUAUUCCGCCGCAACCUGUGCCACCAGAAAUAGAGCAACAACGGGCUCUCAGCAUUAGUAGGGACACAGAAGUGCAACGCCAUUGCUUCCAAAACAUUCUAAUGGCAUACCUCGAACUUGUUCUUACCUUUCCGUUGGAAAGGUUCCAACUGAUCAACCCGGUGCUACAGAGCGGUUUCAUGCAGCUUGCCAAAGCGGUCACCGAUCCACAACUCUUAGACCGAAUCAAUGUAUUCUUCGACAAGAAAGACUUGACCGAAUUUAAUUAUAAGUGAUCAAUUAACUUGUGAUAAUGUAAAAUUCACGCUAUUAUUAUUACGUAUGUAUAUUCCUUGAUUGUUCAGUGUUAUGUGCAAAAUAAAAAUCAUAC